CAACGAAUUUCCUCUAAAAAUGGGUAAAAGGAAGGAUACUUCGAUUCGUGAGGAAAUCAUGGAAGACGACGAUGAACAACAGCAACAAAAUCAACGCAAUCUAGACGAGUCUUCGUCUUUAUCGAAUGAUAAGAGCUUGUAUGAGAUUCUUGGGGUAGAAAGAACAGCAUCUCAGCAGGAGAUAAAGAAGGCAUACCAUAAGUUGGCAUUGCGAUUACAUCCUGAUAAGAAUCCUGAUGAAGAGGAUGCUAAAGAAAAAUUUCAGCAACUGCAGAAAGUUGUGUCGAUACUUGGUGAUGAGGAUAAACGGAUGCUUUAUGAUCAGACCGGCUGUGUUGAUGAUGCUUAUCUUGCUGGGGAUGUGGUUCAAAAUCUGAAGGACUUCUUCAGAUCCAUGUACAAAAAGGUCACGGAGGCUGACAUUGAAGAGUUUGAAGCCAGAUAUAGAGGAUCUGAAUCAGAGAAAACUGAUUUGAUUGAUCUUUACAACAAGUACAAAGGUCAUAUGAACAGGCUCUUCUGUUCAAUGCUAUGCUCAGAUCCUAAGCUUGAUUCACAUCGAUUCAAGGACAUCAUUGAUAAUGCAAUUUCUUCAGGAGAGUUGAAGUCAACCAAAGCAUAUAAGAAAUGGGCUAAACAGGUGUUGGACACUAAACCACCUACAGACUCAUUACGUCGUAAGGAGAAAUCAAAGAAAGAACCGAACGAUCUGUAUGCCAUCAUUUCACAGCGUCAAAGCGAGAGAAAAGGUGGUCUAGACUCGAUGUUCACGUCUCUACUCAGCAAAUACGGUGGAGGGCAACCAAGUUCGGAACCUACUGACGAAGAGUUCGAAGCCGCCAGGCAAAAUAUCGAAAAACGAAAAGCCAAGCACAAGUAACUGAACUUUUCAAGACAUGGUGUGGGUGUGGCCUCAUAACUUGUAAGAUAUCUUGUGAAUUCUGUUUGCUUUGUCAAUUGUCAAGUGUGUAUGGUUUUUUGGUGCCUAUUUUUCCCAUUUCAGU